AUGGUUCAUUGCGAAGGUGAUUAUGUUCAUUGGAUUGCCACUGGAUUUGGAGAAUGUGUUGUUACAUCAAGAGAGAAACUUUCAUUUGCAUUUGGCAUUGCCUCCACACUCAUUUGGAUGUGGGCUCAGCUCCCACAAAUUUACAUUAACUUCAAAAUCAAAAGCUGUGACGGUUUAUCAUUAUAUUUCUUACUAUUCCUGAUCCUUGGUGAUUCUUCAAAUCUCAUCGGAGCUAUACUGACAGGCGGAAUGGUAACUCAAAUUAUCACAUCAACAUUUUUCUGCUUCAUGGAUUGUUUUGUUUUUGUACAAUAUAUCUUCUUUGAAUGUAUAUUCAAGAAAUGCAAUGCUAAGGAAACAAAAGAGUUAGAUAAUGUUGAUUCAGAAAAAAGCGAAAAUAUGGUUCCUGUUGUUGGUGUUGUAGGCGCAGUUGCAGCUGUAGCAGCUUCGUAUGCUAACCCAUACUCAAAAGACCUUAUUCUUGGAACAUUAAUCGGUUGGAUUUCUGCAACAGUUUAUACAACCUCUAGAUGCUUCCAAAUUUACAAAAACUACAAAAAUAAGAAAACUGAAGGAGUUUCUCCUCAGUUCUUUAUCUCAGCAUGGCUCGGAAAUGCUACUUAUGCUAUUUCCAUUUUCUUGCGUGAUUCUCAUUGGGGAUACUUAUGGCUCCAAUUCCCCUGGCUUAUUGGAAGCCUUACUCCUUUGAGCCUCGACUUCUUUGUUUUAUAUCAGUUUUUCCGUUAUCGGAAAAAUAAUUCAACUGAGGAAUCGAAAAAAGAUGAUUCUGUAUCAGAGAAGGUUGACUUUAGUGAAGAAAAAGCUGAUUCUUAUGAGAAUGACCAUAAUGAAGAACAAGAAAAUGAUUCUAAUGCGACUAAUGUUAUUAUUGUUUAA